AUGGGUAACUGUUGCCGUCACAUAGAUGCAACAGAAGUAACGGUAAUGGCAAGGGAUGAAAACGAAAUAACUGCGGAACAUGAAGCAGGCCGUGACUCGCAGGAAACACACCAGGAAAAGAAGAAGAGCCUGAAUUCCGACCCGGACUAUUUAGUCCCGGAUAUUUCAGACGUAUUCUUCAGAAACGUAACGCAGCCCUCCGAAGGUAAAUUCAAACUGGUAGGAAACCACGAAAAUACCGAGAACGGCGUUGAUUCUAAAAAAAAUACAAUUCUCCGCAAGCUAAACAACUACCCGAAGAUAUCGGACAUCGUGCUCACGAAGGACCUGUGGAGAAGCAGGAUUCAGUUCUCCGUAAAGCUGGCGUCGAGGUACACUGUGGGAUCGAACGCAAUAGGGUACGGAAUCUGCGGCUCAGUGAACCACUCCGUUAACAGAAGAACGCAGAAGAUAUACGCACUGAAGUCGCUUAACACAAUGGCCUCGUCAAAGCGGAAGCUGACGAGCGUGUUCAACGAGGUGUCGAUCUUCACGCAGCUCGACCACCCGAAUAUCGCAUUUAUGCACGAGACGUACGACGAAGGGAACGUGUGCCACAUCGUCAUGGAGUACUGCUCAGGCAACGAGCUGUACGACAGACUGGACACGUACAAGCGUUUCAGCGAAGCCUACGCAAUCAAGAUGACCUUUCAAAUGCUCCUGACGCUCCACUACCUGCACUCGAACGGAGUGUGCCACAGGGACCUGAAGCUGGAAAACUGGGUCUUCGCAAACCAGGAAAUCGACUCGCUGCUCAAGAUGAUCGACUUCGGCUUCGCGCGCGUGUUCGAAAAGGGGAUACCGAUGGGAGGAAUGCACGGCACAGUGUACUACGUGGACCCGGAGGUGAUCGACGGAUGCUACAACGAAAAGUGCGACAUCUGGUCGACCGGAGUGAUCGUGUACAUGAUGCUCUCAGGCUCGCCACCAUUCAACUCGGGCGGCGACAAGGAGAUCCUCUGGAAGAUUAAGAAGGGGACGCUGAAGUUCGAAGGAGUGCGCUGGAACUCAGUGUCUGAGCUGGGCAAGGACUUCAUAAGGUACCUGCUCAACAGAAACGGGAACGAGCGGCCGUCGGCGGAGAUGGCGCUGAAGCACGAGUGGCUGAAAAACGAGUACGCGAAGUACGCAAACUACAAAAUCUCAGUGGAGCUGCUCAUGCAGAUAGUUAAGUUCUCAAGGAAGUCGCCUCUGCACAGAGCAGUGAUAGCACUGAGCGUGCUCGAGAGCGACAGGAACUGCCCGAAGGAGGUAUAUCGCACGUUCUUCGCAAUCAACGCCUCCAAAAACGGAACAAUCUCAUUCCAGGAGUUCUUCGCCACGAUGAACAAGCACCUUAACCUGAGCGAGGAGGAGUGCGCGCAAAUAUUCAACGUGAUCGGCUUCAGAAACACGCCAGAGCUGAGUUACACGGAGUUCGUGACGGCGGUGAUCGAGCACUACGGCACGCUGGACAUCAACAUGCUGUCGCUGGUCUACAAGAAGCUGGACGUCUUCGGGAAGGGCCACGUGGACCUGGAGAGCUUCCAGCACGCGAUAGGCAGGGAGUUCGGAGGAGAGAGCUCGGAGAAAAUAUUCAGGGAUACGGACCUGAAUGGCGACGGACUGAUAGACUUUGUGGAGCGUAAGCACGGUAACAUAAUUGAUAACGAUGACGUAGUUCUGCGAAUGUCUAACAAACGUAACCAUUCCGAAGGAAACGAGACUGAAACAGCUUCUCAAUUAAGAAUUGGCAAGGUAAGAGUGGAAGUAAGGAGGUGUACUGUAGGUGUACGUGGAAAUAAAAUAACGCCGAUCGGAGGGAAUUAA